AGGGGCACAUUCGUCUUUUCAGGACGAAGCGCAAUUCAUUCUCUGAAACCCUCGGUCCCUCGCUGUGUCGCGCAAACACGAGGCUUCUUCACCGCACAGAGAGAGGGAGGGAGGGGGAGGGUGAGGGUAAUUUCUUUCAGAACUCUCUUCAAAGGGAAGCUCAGAAGCUAUAAUGGCGAAGCGCGAGCUCUCCAGCACUUUGAAGAACUUGAAGUUUAUGCAAAGGGCUGCUCAGAGGGAGGAGAAAACUAAGAAGGAAGAGGAGGUUAAACCAGAUGGAAACUUCUUUUCCACUGGUACCCUACAUAGAAAAUGUGUGGUCAUAAUAGAAGGGGAUCCCCAUCCAGGGGCUGUUAGAGGCAGAAUGUCAUUUCAGAGUUUCAAUCCUUCUAUUGAUAAAAUGAAUGAAGAAGCAGCAAACCUUCGUCAACCAGAAACCUCUGCCACAUGUAGCAAUCAAAAUGAAAAAACUUCUGAUAGAGAAAAUGGAUACUCGGGGGAUGGAGGAGGGAGCCUGAAUGUUGAUAGCACAAACAAUGGCGAUGGUGACCUUAAAAGAAAACAGUCUGAAGUAGUCUCCCAAACACCAUACCCAAAUAAAUCACACAAAAAUGUUCAAGGCAAUCAACAGCCAUCGCCAAAUAGCAGCGGAGGCACUCACAAGCAGUCGAAGCGCGAAAAGCUGGAUUGGAGUGUUCUACGACCGCCCAAGUGUCAAAGCAAGAGAGGGUGAGUAUGAAUAAUUACUUCAGCCACAUGCUGAGGUUGUGUUGUAUGACUUCAGGACCUGUGUAGGCCUCAAAUCUGUAGCCUUUUCAUGUCAACCGCCCAUUCAAACUGGACGGGCAAAGUGUUCUCUAUUCUUGUAUAUUACCCCCUUAUUAAUUUCCUGAAUCUUUGAUUUAACUUUUACUUUGAAUGUUAGAUUUUGCGACGAUAUAUUGCGCGAGCAAGAUUAGUGGAAAUUUGGUCCCAUUGGUGCUAUAAUAUUCAUUAAUAUUUUUCAGUCA